CACGCACGAAUAACUAAAGAAGGACAACAUAUACAUUUUGACAAACAUAUUCACGUUUUGUGCAUUGCCAAGUAAUACCCAUAUACAUCUGCUAGGAUCUGUCACCCGUGCAUUAGAUCAAUGGCGGUUUCCGAGUGGCGUCUGUCAUUGAAACUGAUGGAUCAACCUUCUCUUCCAAAGUCAGUGCUGCAGUUUCCAGAAUCUGAACCUGGAGAUGUUCGUCCAGGCGAGUAUCGGGUCGCCACUCUCAAGCAGCUCGUGUCAGCACAGAUUCCUGAUGCCAUACCAGAUCCGGAGCUCAUAGAAUUGGUAUACUGUGGAAGAAAGUUAAAAGAUGACUUGACUCUAGAGUCCUAUGGGAUUCAGUCUGGAUCCACUGUACACAUAUUGAGAAAAUCGUGGCCAGAACCGGAGAUCCAGCCAGAGCCAGUGGACAAGGUUACAGCUGCGAGAGAAUUCCGUGUCUUACAAGCUGCCCUUCACACCAGCACUGCAUACAGGGAGUCGGUGUUCAAGAUGCUAAACAACAAGGAAUCCCUCGACCAGAUCAUUGCCGCAUCCCCCGGGCUGAGAAGCGAUCCUGUGGCUCUCGGGGUACUGCAAGACAAAGACCUCUUCGUACAAUUCACGGACCCAAACAUGCUAGACACGUUGGUCAGUUCUCACCCAGCACUGGUCAGUGCCAUUAUCCUGGUACUGCACUCUGUUGCUGGCAGCGUGCCACCCCAGCAGGGCGCCAGCUCAUCCAGAAAUGUGUCUUCCAGCUCUUACAGUGACAUGCCAGGAGGUUUUCUCUUUGAAGGCAUGUCUGAUGACGAGGAUGAAUUCCAAUUGGGCAACCGUGGUGGUCCGUCCACUCUUGCUAGUGGUUUGGCCGGCAUGAGGCCUGCAUCGCUUGGUUACAACGGAGCUGUGGGCCCCAGACCUAUCACUCAAAGUGAGCUGGCAACAGCUCUGGCCCUCGCCAGCACCCCUGAGAGCAGUGCUGUUACACCCACCACAGGGAACCAAGGUCCCUCAUCAGGAGUGUCUCCUGUUCCUGCAGGAAUGCCUAUAACAAAUGAUCUGUUUAACCAGGCCCUGCAGCAGGCACUGCAGGUGUCCAGCAUGUCCAGCUUACAGAACCAGUGGCAAUCUCAGCUCCAGCAGUUGCAGGACAUGGGCAUCCGUGAUGAAGAGCUGAUCCUGAGAGCCCUGCAGGCCACAGGUGGAGACAUCCAAGCUGCCCUGGAGCUCAUAUUCGCUGGAGGAGCACCAUGAGCCAGUUCUUUUUAAUGAAACUCUGUUAUGAUGUUAUAAGCAGUUCACAAAACACAUAUUUAAAGAUUCAAUGUUUUAACAACCAUUUGUUUUUAACUUAUUUUUGUCUGUUAUGACACUUUUUUUUAUAUAAAUACUUCUUCUCAUUUCGUUUUCGGGUCCAGGCCAAAAAUAUAUUAUAUUUGGGACACUCCUGCUGUGUUAAUAUAUUGUGGCUGUUCAGUUAUUAUCCCUGCAGAUAUUUAUAGUAGCUAAAAACUACAACUUGCUUGUUAAGACAAUCAUCGUGUUUAGUUUUGUCAUUCAU